AGAUGCCCUGAUCCCUUCUCUGUGUUUCAAAUUAAAUAUGAAUCAUGCAGGCGCUUGCUUGAUUUUGAAAUAAUCGCUGUCAGCGUGAGAAACCCCAACAAAUCUGGGUUUAUUUAAAGAAUAACUUUAUCUCUACAAACAAGAGCGUGUAUUGAAGUAGAAAAGUUGGGGAGAAAUUUGGGGGCGCCUCCUUCGUUUUGCUUUCGUAUGCUGUACUGCAUGUUUUAAUUUCUACAUCGUCUGGAGUAUACAUUCGAUAAUGGGAUGCACAUUGAGCUCGGAGGACAAGGUCGCUCAGGAGAGGAGUAAAAUGAUCGACAGGAAUUUGCAGUCUGACGGAGAGAAAGCAGCGAGGGAGGUCAAACUACUUCUCCUCGGUGCUGGAGAGUCAGGCAAGAGUACCAUUGUUAAACAGAUGAAAAUCAUCCAUGAAGCUGGUUACUCAGAAGAUGAGUGUAAGCAGUACAAGGCUGUAGUGUACAGUAACACCAUCCAGUCCAUCAUCGCCAUCAUCAGGGCCAUGGGACGGCUGAAGAUCGACUUCUCUGACCCUACCCGGGCGGAUGAUGCGAGGCAGCUGUUUGUGUUAGCUGGCUCAGCAGAAGAAGGCUACAUGACUGGAGAGCUGGCGGGAAUUAUCCAACGUCUGUGGAACGAUGGAGGAGUACAGGCCUGCUUCAGCCGCUCCAGAGAGUACCAGCUCAACGAUUCUGCUUCAUAUUAUCUGAAUGAUUUAGACAGGAUAUCCAGUGGCUCGUAUGUGCCCACACAGCAGGAUGUCCUCAGAACCAGAGUGAAGACCACGGGCAUUGUGGAAACCCACUUUACAUUCAAAGACCUAUACUUCAAAAUGUUUGAUGUCGGAGGUCAGAGGUCGGAGAGGAAGAAGUGGAUUCACUGCUUUGAGGGUGUGACCGCCAUCAUCUUCUGUGUGUCCCUGAGUGACUAUGACCUGGUCUUAGCUGAAGACGAGGAGAUGAACCGCAUGCACGAGAGCAUGAAGCUGUUUGACAGCAUCUGCAACAACAAGUGGUUCACAGAGACCUCUAUCAUCCUCUUCCUCAAUAAGAAGGACCUGUUUGAAGAGAAGAUCAAGAGAAGUCCCCUGACCACCUGCUACCCGGAGUAUGCAGGUUCUGACUCGUACGAGGAGGCAGCAGCCUACAUCCAGUGUCAAUUUGAAGACCUGAACAAGAGGAAGGACACCAAAGAGAUCUAUACCCACUUCACCUGUGCCACCGACACCAAGAACGUGCAGUUUGUCUUCGACGCCGUCACUGAUGUCAUCAUCAAAAACAACCUGAAGGACUGUGGACUUUUCUAGAAUGUUCCAGCCCUUGGUUGAGAUGCUGUGGCCUGAUCCGGAGUUCAGCCACAAACAAAAUGUAGUGUGUUACUU